GCGGGAAUCCCGCCAGACCGGGUCUCGCAACGGGUCGGAGUCGCUCGGCAGUGGCUUGUAUCCGGUCGUGUGUGAACGAGUUCUUCAUCGCAUUCUCGUACUGCUGAACAAAUUGCAGUACUACAUGUUGCAUGACAGAUUUGCUUGACCUCCGCAAUCUGCAUGAUCACAAAUUCGAUUUUAUUUCCUUGUGAAAAAAUUUCAAUAUAUAUCUCUAGCAGUUGUGCGAAGAUGUUGAUGAAGAUAUUUUUCCUUUGCAUACUCUGGUUGUUGCCGCCCCCACGCCGAGUCGGUACACAGGGAGUGGUAUUUUUCUCUCGAAGUGGGACUUGGAAGCAAGAGAGCAGCUGAAGGCGAAAACGAAAAACAACAACGCCGCCAGUUCUUCUUCUUCUUCGUCUUCUUCUUCAUCUUCUCCCGAACAAGUGUUCAGCGCGACCAAUGAAGAUCAAGAUCCCAUCUCCCGGCCGCCUUCGCGAGAGGAGUUGUUGUAUGAGGAGCACAUGCCGCAUGGGAAUGACUACGACCUGAACAAGUUGCGGAACAACGAGUACA